UCACAUGGUAAACAAACCCGCUCCAGUUGUUCUCGGUUUCUCGCCGCCGCUGCACUGCGCCGCUGUGUCCAGUCUCAAGUCAAAACCAUAUGGCGAUUGGGCUCGGUUUCUUGAAGGCCGUGGCGCUGGUGCUGGCGCCGGUGGCGCUCGCCGUGGCGCUGUACAGUCCCCGUGACUUCUCGCCGGCGCCGUUGCCUCCGGAGUACUCGUACGGGCCCGACGUGUCCGCGCCGCGGCACGAGGCGCGCGCGCUGGAGCAGAGCGAGCGGGUGGGCGAGGGGCGCCUCCCGGGACCGGAGGACCUGGCGUACGACGCCGCUGGCGGGUGGCUGUAUACCGGGUGCGCCGACGGGUGGGUCAGGAGGGUGAGCGUGCCCGGCGGGGACGUCGAGGAUUGGGUACGCACCGGCGGCCGCCCGCUCGGCGUCGUGCUCGCCGCCGACGGUGGCCUGAUCGUGGCCGACGCGGACAUCGGAUUACUGAAGGUGAGCCCGGAGAGGAAGGUUGAGCUGCUGACGGACGCGGCAGAGGGCCUCGAGUUCGCGCUGACCGACGGCGUGGACGUCGCCGCCGACGGCACCAUCUACUUCACGGACGCGUCGUACAAGUACAACCUCGCCAACCACAUGACGGACGUCCUCGAGGCGCGGCCGCACGGGCGGCUCCUGAGCUUCGACCCGGCCACGGGGCGGACGGCGGUGCUCGUGCGCGACCUCUACUUCGCCAACGGCGUCGCCAUCUCGCCGGACCAGAGCUCCCUCAUCUACUGCGAGACGGUGGUGAGGAGGUGCUCGAGGUACCACAUCGCCGGCGACAAGAAGGGCUCGGUUGAGAAGUUCAUCGACAACCUACCGGGAUUCCCCGACAACAUCCGGUACGACGGAGAAGGCCGGUACUGGAUCGCCUUGUCCGCGGGGAGAACACUUCAGUGGGACCUGCUGAUGAAGUAUCCGUUCGUCCGGAAGCUGCUGUACCUCGUCGAGAAGUUCGUGGCGGUUCCACACGGGCUGAAGAACUCGGGGACGAUGAGCGUGACGCUGGACGGGGAGCCGGUGUCCACGUACACCGACCCGGGGCUCGCCCUCGCCACCAGCUGGCUCAAGGUCGGCAAGCAUCUGUACUACGGGUCACUAACGAAGACAUACCUCAGCAGGAUCGACGUCACCAAAUCAUCAGCUGAAUUGAACAAGUGACCCCUUACCCUUUUGUGCAAAUUAUUUGCUCUGACAUUACUUUGUAUUAUGAAAUCAUGUGAACUAGUGAAGUGGUCCGAGCAAAUGCGCUGCUAGUAUGGAAUCAUGUGUAUAUGUAUCAUUAUAUCA